UACGGGUUUGGGAGCUACGCCCCAAGAUGAAGUGAGAGGCUUGGCCCCGUGAAAGGGCUCCCAGAGAGCCCCCUCCUUCCUCCUUAACAAGCUGGUCAGCAGUGCAGGGAUUAGGAAAGCCAGCUCCGCUCAGGAACUACAGACACACCGGGGAUUGAAAUAAGCGUGAAUCAUGCCCGUCGUCAUCUGUCGGCUGGGAGCGGAGCCGAAAUUGUGAAAGAUACGGAUAAUACCAGGAGAAGGAGGAGAGGUGGAAAGAGUCACGCUCCCAGGUCUUCCUUGUGGAAAAUGCCUCUUCCGGGACUCCGCUGCUGCCGCUCGGACCCGUCGCAUUAUGCCGCCCACCUCUCAUGUGUUUUAUUUUAAAGAAGAAGAAGAAGAAGAAACAGUGACCUGGAUAAGCCGGAUAAGAGCCGCAUAAACAGGCAGAAAACGUAAGGGCGUGUGGGAUACACUUCCAAUAAAUUGCGGGGGAUUUUCAUCGAGAGUUAACAAGAAGGAGAAAAGUUGUGGCCGCUUGCUGGUGUUUUAUAAAAAAAAAAAAAAGGAGCAAACAUGGGGAACGCAGGGAGCAUUGACCAGCACACCGACCACCGACACAACAUGCCCCUGAAACUGCCCAUGCCAGAGCCGGGGGAGCUGGAGGAGAGGUUCGCACACGUUCUGAACUCAAUGAAUCUUCCUCCAGACAAGGCUCGACUGCUGCGACAAUACGAUAAUGAGAAGAAAUGGGAACUAAUCUGCGAUCAGGAGCGAUUCCAAGUGAAGAACCCGCCUCACACUUAUCUCCAGAAGCUAAGGAGCUAUCUAGACCCUGCAGUGACGCGAAAGAAAUUCAGACGGAGGGUACAAGAGUCCACCCAAGUCCUGAGAGAACUGGAAAUUUCGUUGCGGACCAAUCAUAUAGGGUGGGUGAGGGAGUUCUUAAAUGAAGAGAACAAAGGCUUGGACGUGCUGGUGGAGUACCUUUCAUUCGCGCAGUACGCUGUCACUUUUGAUGGCGACUGCUUGGAAAACAAUACAGAAGUUAUCAUGGACAAGUCCAAGACCUGGGGCCGGUCUAUAGAGGACCUGCAUGGAGGGGGUACCCUGCCAGCCAACAUCACGGGGAACGGCAUCACUCGUGGCGGGCGGCACUCCACGUUACGUAGUCAUCUGCUCUUUUGUCCGCCACUCUUCGACAGCAGGAUGCCGGGUUCGUUGAACUGUCCAAAGUGUACUCAGAUGAGACGCUGCAGCACUCUGCCGAGCAGGAGAACGCUGAAAAACUCCAGACUCGUCUGUAAAAAGGACGAUGUCCAUGUUUGCAUCAUGUGCCUACGUGCCAUCAUGAACUAUCAGUAUGGCUUCAACAUGGUCAUGUCACACCCACAUGCUGUGAAUGAAAUUGCACUAAGUCUCAACAAUAAAAAUCCACGAACCAAAGCUCUGGUGUUGGAGCUCCUGGCGGCAGUUUGUCUUGUGAGAGGAGGCCAUGAAAUUAUUCUCUCCGCCUUUGACAACUUCAAGGAGGUAUGCGUGGAGACGCAGCGGUUUGAGAAGCUUAUGGAGUACUUCAAGAAUGAAGACAACAACAUUGACUUCAUGGUUGCAUGUAUGCAGUUCAUCAACAUUGUUGUGCACUCAGUGGAGGACAUGAACUUUAGAGUUCACCUACAGUACGACUUCACCAAGCUGGGCUUGGACGACUACUUGGACAAACUGAAGCACACAGAGAGCGAUAAGCUCCAGGUUCAGAUCCAGGCCUACCUGGAUAACGUGUUUGACGUUGGAGCGCUGCUUGAGGAUGCAGAGACCAAAAAUGCUGCCCUGGAGCGAGUGGAGGAGCUGGAGGAGAACAUGUCGCACAUGACAGAGAAGCUGCAGGACAUGGAGAAUGAAGCUAUGGCCAAGAUUGUGGAGCUGGAAAAACAGCUGAUGACGAGGAACAAGGAACUUGAAGCCAUCAAAGAAGUCUACAAAGACUCCACCUCGCAGAUUCACUCGCUGAGGCAGAUGCUUAAGGAGAAGGAUGAGGCCAUCCAGCGCCAGAGUAAGCUGGAGAAGAAGAUCCACGAGCUGGAAAAGCAGGGAACCAUCCGGAUCCAGAAAAAGGGAGAUGGAGACAUCUCAAUCCUGCCUUCUUCACUGGCUGGGGUGGAGGGUCUGGCGGGUGCCAGGGUGGGGGCAAAUGGGAUGGCUGCCUGUCAGAACAAUGCAGGAGUUGCAGGAGGCAUGUCUGCUCCCCCUCCUCCACCUCCUCCGCCGCCAGUCAACGGGCAAUCUCACCAGCACAAAAUCAGAUGUUUCUUGUUACAGAUCCCCCGUUUCCUGCAUGUGUGUGGCUACGUUCUUAUGGACCCUUGCAGUCGAUCAAGACAUAUUUUUAAUUUUCCUUUGUGUCAUUUAGCUGUUAAGAUCAAGAAACCCAUCAAGACAAAGUUCCGCAUGCCUGUCUUCAACUGGGUCGCCCUGAAACCAAAUCAGAUCAACGGGACCGUCUUCAACGAGAUCGACGACGAGAGGAUACUCGAGGACCUGAAUGUUGAUGAGUUUGAGGAGAUGUUUAAGACUAAAGCUCAGGGCCCAUCCAUCGACCUCACCACGAGCAAGCAGAAGGUCACUCACAAGGGACCCAACAAGGUUGCCCUGCUGGACUCUAACAGGGCAAAGAACCUGGCUAUCACGCUGAGGAAAGUGGGCAAGACGACCGAGGAGAUCUGCAAGGCCAUUCAGCUAUUCGACCUGCGGACUCUGCCGGUGGAUUUUGUUGAGUGCCUGAUGCGCUUUCARCCCACCGAGAACGAGGUCAAAAUCCUGCGGCAGUUCGAGAAGGAGCGCAAGCCUCUGGAGAGCCUGACCGACGAGGACCGCUUCAUGAUGCAGUUCAGCAAGAUCGAGCGGCUCAUGCAGAAGAUGACCAUCAUGGCCUUCAUCGGAAACUUCAGCGAAAGCGUGCARAUGCUCACACCGCAACUUCAUGCCGUAAUUGCGGCGUCUGUGUCCAUCAAGUCGUCUCAGAAGCUAAAGAAGAUUUUAGAGAUUAUUUUGGCACUUGGAAACUACAUGAACAGCAGCAAAAGAGGAGCAGUGUAUGGAUUCAAGCUUCAGAGUUUAGAUUUGCUUCUUGAUACCAAGUCAACGGACCGGAAAAUGACCUUGCUGCACUACAUUGCCAACGUGGUCAAAGAGAAAUACCCACAAGUGUCUYUGUUCCACAAUGAGUUGCACUAUGUUGAAAAGGCAGCAGCAGUGUCGCUGGAGAAUGUCCUGCUGGACGUUAAGGAGCUGCAUAGAGGCAUGGAGCUGACCAGGAGAGAGUACAGCAUGCACGGUCACAACACCAUGCUGAAAGACUUCAUCACACACAACGAGAGCAAGCUGAAAAAGUUGCAGGAUGACGCCAAAAUUGCACAGGACGCCUUUGAUGAGGCUGUGAAGUUCUUUGGAGAGAACUCUAAGACAACGCCGCCGUCUGUUUUCUUCCCGGUGUUUGUGCGAUUUGUGAAAGCCUACAGGCAAGCGGAGGAGGACAAUGAGCAGAAGAAGCGGCAGGAGCAGCUCAUGAUGGAGAAACUUCUAGAACAGGAAGCUAUGAUGGAGGAAGACCAGAAGUCUCCUUCCCAUAAAAGCAAGCGGCAGCAGCAGGAGUUGAUCCAGGAGCUCAGGAGGAAGCAGGUGAAGGACAGCCGCCACGUCUACGAGGGCAAAGACGGCGCCAUCGAGGACAUCAUCACGGAUUUGAGGAAUCAGCCUUACAGGCGAGCGGACGCCGUGCGGAGGAGCGUCAGGAGGCGCUACGACGAUCAGAACCUGCGGCCGAUGAACAAUGGAGAAGUGGUCAUGUGACGAGGGGAAACAGAGGACGUGCAGGARAGGAUGGGAGGAGAGGAACGUGGAUGGACGGUGGGAAGGAAAGUCCGAUGCAGAACGAAGGAUAUCGGGUGUUUGAGGCAAAUAACGAGAGGACUAUACAUGCGCUAAUGUCAAACAAUGAAGGACUGAGACGUGUUUGGGACCGAAUUUAGCGUAGAAAUCAAGCCAAGUGCCUGAACUUUUUUGUUUUGUGAUCUUUUUUUAUCUUCUGUGUGAAUGUUUUAAUUAUGCCCCCCCCCCCCCGGUACCCAUAAGCAAUACAACUUGAGUUGGCUUUAAUGUUGAUAAGAUAUAAAACUGGACAUGCAGUGGCCUUAGGAGCCAUGUGAAACAAUUAUCCUGGAAAAGCUACCUUAGAAUGUACUGGAGGUUUUUUGCCCCUUUUCUCUGUUUCUUAACUUUUGACACAUUCCGGUGCUCUCGUUUAUUCCCCACAAAMCUCUUUUUAAUCAUCUCAUUCUUCUUUUAAUAAAUCGGGGUGAGCUGGCAUGAGGAAAGCGAGCAAAAUGUA